GGUUGUUCAACCAAGAAAAGCUGGCCGGUCAAUGAGCGGGUGGCCACUGCCCCAAAUUCCAAGUCGGUUCGUCCUGGGCAAAUGUCGCUGCAAUCGUCCAAUGUGUCUGUCGUGGCUGGCCUUGUUGUCGCCGGCUUAGCUCUGGCGUGGAGCGGUACCUUGGUCUACCUCUUUGCGCCCCACUUCCAACAAGACCACGAAAUUCGACAAACCGCUGCACAACACCGCCAAGACAUGAAGCACAAGGACAAAAAGUCCCGCGAACGGGAAACGUCCAUCACCAAUGGUGAAGACGUGAAAAUGAUGGACAAGCAGGCGCUAGUGGAUGUUCGCAUCUCGGAGAUCCGACCGCUCCUGCCGCCGGCGUGCCUUUUGGAGGAAAUCCCUCGUACUGUCAACAUCGCUCGAACUGUCAACAAAGGUCGCCAGGGUGUGUCGAACAUCCUGUGUCGCAUGGACGACCGCUUAGUCGUGGUCGUUGGCCCUUGCUCAAUUCACGAUGUGAAGGCCGCGCUAGAAUAUGCUGAAAAGCUGAAGAAUAUCGCGGACGAACUCGACAACGAUUUGCUCAUUAUCAUGCGCGUGUACUUUGAAAAGCCUCGCACGACUGUGGGCUGGAAGGGCCUCAUCAACGACCCCGACAUCGACGGCACGUUCAACAUCAACAAGGGCUUGCGAAUUGCGCGUGAGUUGCUGUCUGAAAUCAACCAAAUGGGCCUCCCUGCCGGAUGUGAAUUCCUCGACACGAUUUCGCCUCAGUUUUUCAGUGAUUUGGUGAGCUGGGGAGCCAUCGGUGCGCGGACAACGGAGUGUCAAUUGCACCGCGAGUUAACUUCUGGCUUGUCGAUGCCAGUUGGUUUUAAGAACGGCACAGGCGGAUCCUUGCAACUUGCUGUCGAUGCAGUUGUGUCGGCUGCGCACCCACACUGUUUCCUGAGCGUGAGCAAUCAAGGGCUCGCUGCCAUCGUAAAGACCUCGGGCAACGAAGCGUGCCACGUCAUUCUCCGAGGUGGCACCACUGGUCCAAACUACAAGAAGGAGCACGUUGACAAGGUGGCGGAGCUCCUGAAGAGAGCAAAUCGGUUGGAAAACGUCAUGGUCGAUUGCUCCCACGGCAAUUCGAACAAGAAUCACAACAACCAGCCGCUGGUCGCGCAGGACUUGGUACUUACGCCAGGCAAUCAUGCCUUCGUGCUGGACUUGACGUUGCUGUUAGGCAAACCAAAUUGCAGCAGGCGAUGCUAGAAUUGUGGGCUUGAUGCUCGAAUCGAACCUCCAACCCGGUGCGCAGAAACUGAACCCAGGUGUACCUCUCGAAUAUGGGAAGAGCAUCACGGACGCCUGCAUUGGAUGGGAAGAAACGGUAAGUGUGCUCAAAGAGCUGGCCGAUGCCGUGCAACAACGACGACAUGCCAAAAGCACGGGGCAGUAGACGAGUUGCAAAGUUUC